AUGACACCAGAAGAAUUUAUGCAUCAAAAGAGCCAGAUCCUGGAUGGAAUUGAUUUGAGUCGUAAAGGCUGCAUUGACGAUCCUAUUAAAGGUUUAGUACAAUUUAUAAAUGAAGGAAUUGAAUUUGUCACCACAAGUUCUUGCUCAGGAAGAGUUAUUAUAUUCUGUGAGGAUGUGACAAAUGGAAAUCGUAAGAAGGGCUGCAAAUGGUUAUAUACCAGUCAUGAAAAUGUAAAUGAUGAUGACUUAUUGAAUAGUGUAGAUCCAAAGGAAGGUAAUAAUAUUCUAAAAUAUGAACCACUGAUUCUCCAUGUUCAAUGCCGUACACUGGAAAGUGCAAAGUUAAUGCAUACAUGUGCAUUGGAAUCAGGAUUCCGUAAUUCAGGGAUCACACUGGGAAAACAUGGUAAAAUUAUUCUAGCAGUAAGGAGCUGCAUUGGUUUGGAAGUUCCAUUAACUGAAGAUGGGAUCACGUUAGUUUCUAAUGAGGUCUGUAUUAAGUACUUGUGA